CUCCACUUGGGGGAAAAACAUGAUUCACCUGGGUAUCUCAACUUUAAAUUCAUUAGAGCUGUGCAUAGGAAAAAAAUCUGUCUUAGAACCUGCCUUGUCGGCUCAUAUAAGGGGCCGCAACUCAGAUCUGAGAUGGAGAGGUGCCUUGCUUUGUUUCCUGAAGCUGUGGGUGUCUUCAUCGUUGGCUGGAAGGGAGAAAUAAACGAAGCAACAAUAACGACAGGGAUUUAAAACAAAAAACAGCUGCAAGGUUGGAAACUAAAAUUUAAAAAAAGAGACCGCUCCACCAGUUGUGUUCCCAAUGCAUUUCAACACAGGUAUUUAUCAAGGGAAAAACGCUUAAAGACUUUUCAGGAGGAUUCCUUGUCCCGUUCUUCAUCCAAAAAAGACUCACAUUUCAAAUAAAGAAGUGGGGUUAUGAGGGUGGCUUUUUUUAAAAAAGGUUUGCUUUCCUUUUGUUGGUUAAAUUCCUUGAACAGGGCUUUUCUACAUGAGGUUUUUAACCCACUACUUUACCGAGGCUUCUGCUUCUAGAUUCUUCACAGGAUUAAGAUCAGCCUCUUUAUAUGUCUCCCCCCCCCCCCCCCGAGUGUUUCUUUCUCUGUCUUACUAUAUGUUCCAUUACAUAAGCACUAGGUGGUGCUCUGGUGUGGCGGAAUUGUGGAGAUUCCAUGCCACUAGGGGUGUUGUAGGAGUCUGAGAAGCGGGUAGAGUCUGGUGGACUCCCCUCCCUCCGCUCGGCUUCCCAAUGCCGCUCACCAAGCUGUUCUGCUGGCUGAGUGCAGCGCAGUCUGCACGUGCCUGGCAACCACCCACUCCCUCACCAAGCCGCCAUUUUGCGGAGAAAUGACGUCUCGUUCUUUUCCGUAAAUUGAAUGUUACAUAAGUGGCAGCCAUAAAGGGGCAAUCUGCACAACAUUACAGGCGUAAACAGUCCAUUUAUGCCUGUCAUGUUGCAUAGAUGGCCUCUUCACGUCCCCCAUUUAUGCAACAUUUCAUUUACGGAAAAAUCCAAGCCACCAUUCCGCGGAGAAAUGGUGGUUCGCUGAGAGGGUGGCUGGCUGGUCGCCACCUGCGGACUGUGCACUGUAGUGAACAAGGGCAGCCAACGGGUAGGGGAUUGGCGAGUGGGGCAUUGCCCAUCCCUACUGAUCCUGCCGUUCACAGAAAUACCACACUUUACUCAUGGGGGGGGCGGGGAAUACUAUAAUGGUUGCAAUCCACAGGAGAAGUCCUGAAGGAAGACAAUUUUGUGUAUAGCAUCUGCAAACUACCGUCAUGCCUCGUGUAGAAAGGCUUACAGUGUAGAAAGGCCUGGGACCAGAUUUUAGGGUGGGGUUGGGCAGCCUACCCCCCAGUACCCGUCACCACUCUUCUCCCCCACCCCACCCCCGGCAACAAUACUACUGUAGCCAUCAGCUUCACCCUCUUCCUCUUGCUCAUGAGAGGGAGGGGGAAGAGCAAGGCAAGUCUCAGCCUUCUCCUUGCAGGAAGGCUCAAGCACUCACUCACUUGCAGGCUUACCUAGACUGGGGGGUUCUAUAAUGGGCCCAGAGCUAAGCUGCUGCCCACUUCCAGUCCAUUACAGUGCCACUGCUGCCAGGUAAGCCUGUGAGCGGGUGAUGUUGCAGCGGUCAGCCUCCUCCUUGUAUGAAUACUCCAGCACUUACUUCAGGCAUAUCCACUGGUGGCAGCUCUGUAAUGGCCCAAGGACUAUGUGAUGGGCCAUGCGCUGCCACCAGGUAAGCCUGAGAACCAUUAGUUGGUGACGGCGCUCUAAAGGAUAAGCCCACAAGUGAGCACAACAGGGACAGCAUGGGCAGCUGACAGCCUUCUCCUUGCACUUGGGGCCUUGGGCCUAGCUGGUGGCCAACAGUGCCAGAGGAGCCACGAGGGGGCAGGGGAAAGAGCGCCUGUUGGUUUUAGCAGUUUGGGUGGGGAGGGGGGGGGCAAGUGGCUGCACACACAGGAGGGGAAGCAUCUUCCAGACCACUCUUGUUGAGUCCCUGUCUCUCAGCUGUUUCCUAUCCCUCUGCUGAGCAGCACAAUAGCAUGGGGGAGAUCACAGGCACUGCUCAGCUGAGCACUGGAAGACAGCUGAGCAGAAGGGAAAGGGGGACCUCACGACCCCCUUCCCUCCACUGCUUAGCAGUAUGUUAGCAAUCAGCUGAGCAGCCAAUCAUUAUAACUAAAAUCUGAGUAAACUGAUACCUUCAUAUUAAUUCUGACAUAUAUCUGUAAGUUAAAGAUGAAUAAAGCAUUGGGAUUCCAGACAUGGAGCUGGAGAAUUACUGUUUAAUCAGGGUUGUGCUAAGGAACUAGCCCAAAAUUAAAAUGUUUUUUUUAAUGCUUGCUAAAUAAAAUUCAAGGUUGAAUUAUUGCAAUGCACUGUAGGUAGGACUGCUGUAGAGGCUAGUCUAGAAUCUGCAGCUGGUGCAUCCAGUACCGAAGGGCAAAGACUGAAUUGCUUGUUUUUCCGCCUAAACCUUCUCCUCAUCUUUCAUUCUCUCUUACUGUCAAUGAUGUUACGCUUACUCCGGUCAAGGAAGCUCGCAGUCUUGGCUUCGUAUAUGACUCAUCGCUAUCCUUUAUUCCUCAUAUUGAGGCAGUAGCUAAAUCCUGUCAUUUUUUCCUGUAUAAUAUUGCCAGGAUUCGACCAUCUCUGUCUGUCUCUUAUUAUUAUUAUUAUUAUUAUUAUUAUUAUUUUCUGCCAAGACGCUUGUUCAUGCACUGGUUAUUUCCCGGUUGAACUACUGCAACCUUCUUCUCUCUGGCCUUCCUUCUUCUCACAUCAGUCCGUUGGUUUCUGUCCACCACUCUGCUGCUAAGAUCAUCUUCCUGGCUCGCCGCUCUGACCAUGUUACUCCACUUCUGAAAUCUCUUCAUUGGCUUCCAAUUCACUUCAGAAUCCAAUAUAAACUUCUGUCGACCUUCAAAGCUUUUCAUGGUCUAGCUCCUUCCUAUCUCUCCUCUCUCAUCUCACACUAUUGCCCCGCUCGUGCUCUUCGCUCCUCUGAUGCCAUGUUUCUCGCCUGCCCUAGGGUCUCUACUUCCCUUGCUCGGCUUCGUCCAUUUUCCUCUGCUGCCCCUUACGCCUGGAACGCUCUUCCGGAACAUCUGAGAUCCACAAGUUCAAUUGCAGCUUUUAAAGCUCAGCUAAAAACUUUUCUUUUUCCUAAAGCUUUUAAAACUUGAUGUUGCUUGGACUUUAUACUGUUAGUUUUACCCUACCCUGUGCCUGUUUACCCUACCCAGUGCUUGUUUGCAUUCUCUUCCCCUCCUUAUUGCUUUACUAUGAUUUUAUUAGAUUGUAAGCCUAUGCGGCAGGGUCUUGCGAUUUUCUGUUUUACUCUGUACAGCACCAUGUACAUUGAUGGUGCUAUAUAAAUAAAUAAUAAUAAUAAUAAUAAUAAUAAUAAUAAUAAUGUGGAUUGUUUAACAUGGCUUAUUAUUUGGGGACCACUCAUUGCCUAACUGGGAUAAUAUUUCCUCUAUCUAAGUAUGUAGCCCUUAUUCACACAGUGAUAAAGAACAUGAUUUACAACUUGUGAACCACCCAGAGAGUUUCAACUGUUAGGCAGUACAGAAAUGUAUUGAACUUUUGAUUUAAUACAACAUCAAGUCAAAUGCGUAACAAUACUUUUAUAAUUAUAUUGUAGAUUAAACAUUGUUUAUUUUUCCAAGUAUUUUAAGGCAUAAAAAAAAAUCAAUCAGUAGUUUCUUUUCAUUUUUUAUUUUAAAUAAGUUGCUUUGCAGUUAUAUUUUUUUUCCAGAAUUACAAUCCUUGAAAGAAACCAAAAUAAUAUAUGGCGGAAAAACCAUGGCAUGGAAUUGGAUUGGAGAAUUUGAUAGAUGAAAAUACAAAUGGUUAUUCUUGGGAUGACUCCUUGGGAAUUUGGUUGCCGUUCAGAAAGAUUCAGAUUUGACAUAAUAAUAAUGGAGUAUGUUUUAAGUAAGCAAAGACAGGAAUUGACUGUAUUAUUAAUGAGAUAUUUCUUCAGGUUGUUCAAUUCUGGUUUUCAAUACUGGAAAGGCUUAAUUCUAAUUAACUCAUUAUAGAAUUAUUUUACCUUCUUUCCUUCUCUCUCUCCCUCCCUCCCUCUUUCUGGUUCUGGUUGGACUAGGGUGGCUGUAAUAUUUUUUCCAUGUAAAGGAAACCACUCUAAUGGUUCUCUCUCUCUUAUAGAUGGUCAGUUCAUUCAGUUAAAAUAUCUUUUUUCCAAGUUCUUUCUGUAAGCUGAAGCAAGACUGGCCACUGAGAGGGUUCCUCCCCUUCCAGGUGAAUACAAGUCUGAUCUGAUAGCCCCUGCCUUCUAUGGUGAGCCAAGGCCAGGCGCUGUGCACAUUAUUGGAACUGACUCUGGACCACAGUUUUUCUCAUAGUCUGUGAGAGAACGCCUAUUGAUAGCACUUGAGCUGAGGGAACAUGGUGACCCAAGAGAGGAUAGAAGAAAAUUUGUUGAAUCUUGUUGGUCCUCCCUCUGAUUCAGAGUCUGGAACAAGCAGUCAAGCAGUACAGACUAAUAACUACAAGUGGUCAUCAUGUAAAACUAUUGCAUUAACCAUUGCUGCCAUAUCAGUCUGCCUGAAUGUUGGCCUCGUUACCUGCACAGUUGUGUUGAAAACAAAAUGUUUUGAGCAACUCCUCCAUGGUCCAGCAUGCCCAGAUAACUGGAUUGGCUAUGAGGGGAAGUGCUACUAUUUUUCAAAAGAGAAAAGGAAUUGGAACUCGAGCCAGCGCUUCUGCUUGUCACAUAAUGCCUCCCUGCUCACUUUCAGUGCCAGCGAGGAAAAGGUUUUUGUGAUGCGUUUGAAAGCUAAAGACAUUUUUUGGAUUGGCCUCAAGAGAGACCCAGGUCAGCCCUGGAAAUGGACAAAUGGACAAAAUUCAACGCUGGAGGUGAUGGGAGAUGGAGGAGAUUGUGGUUUUCUGAAUGAUGAAUCCACUGCAAUAUCCUCAAGGUGCCGGAUGGAACUACUCUGGAUCUGUAGCAAAUCAGAUAUAUUUAAAUGCUCAAAUGGAAUAUGCAGUAGUAAGAAAUAACAACAUUUCCCUAAAGGGAGAGUGAUUUUGAGGGCAUUAUAAGGUAGUGAUAAUUGGAUUUGGAUGGCUCCUGAUGCCUGAGCCAAAUCUGGCUACUUCAGGACCAUUUCUGGGUUUCAUUCCAGAGUGGAUCAGAAAAAAGGGAGAAAUAACUUCUCAGGAUCCAAAGAUGUUUUAUUUCAAAGCCUGACAUAUUUCAGCCUGAUUUUUUUUUUCAAAGACCUUCCUCCGGGGGCUGUAACAUAUAUAUAUUAUUAAAUUACAUUUAUGGGACUACACAUUACAUUAAAAUAUGUUUACAUUUCAAGGUUAAUUAGGCAAAAUGGCCCCAAGGGUCUUUUAUUUAUUUAUUUAUUUAUUUAUUGCAUUUUUAUACCGCCCAAUAGCCGAAGCUCUCUAUGCCCUUACAUAAGUCUUAAAACUUUUAAUAUAGCAUAAAGGCAUUAGAACCUAGAAUCAUAGAAUAGUAGAGUUGGAAGGGGCCUAUAAGGCCAUCGAGUCCAACCCCCUGCUCAGUGCAGGAAUCCACCCUAAAGCACCUGUACACUUGUAUAAUGAUAAAAACAUAUAAAAAUCAUUUUCAACAAAAUUAUAAUUUAUCCAUACUUAUUAGAAGAUACCUGUGGCAAUACCUCCUAUGAUAAUCAAUGGCAACUGAGAAGAAUAACAUUUUAAAAGCCAUCUUUAUAGUCUUGUUCAUUAUUUAUUCAUUUAUUUAUUGACUGCCAGGUGUUUCCAUGUAGCUGUGAUAAGUGCAGGGUCUCAUAAUGAGACUACUGCUAUCGUGGAGGACUGCCUGCAAGAAGUCACAGGAGUGGCAAAAAAUAAAGUUCUUCAUUCAAACCACUCAUUUCAAAGUUUUUAAAUUUUAGAAUCCAUUCUAGUUCCUUCCUUAAUAGCAGUUUGUCAUCAUGUGUGCUAAGUUUUUCCAGUGCCCAGAAUUUUAAGUCUGCAUAGGAGCGGUGUUGUUCUACAAAUGGUAGAUUCCUGCAGUGAGCAGGGGGUUGGACUUGAUGGUCUUGUAGGACCCUUCCAACUCUAAUAUUCUAUGAAAAUGGUUUCCUAGUGGAGCACCUGGCUUGUUUUUUUUAUAUAUAUAUUGCUUAGGUGCUCUCCUAUGUGGCUUUUUAGAGGUCUGAUAGUUUUACUUCCGUAAACCUUAGGGCAUCCACACCGGAUGGCGUAAAUGACAAAAGCACUGCUGCAGGUGGUAAAAUGUCUCAGAAAAUAUCACUGCUGGUCGGAGGGAUUUUUGAAUUCUGUGACCUUGGAGGUGUAUUUACAAUAGCAGCAGUGUCCAUAUGGAUGGUGACCCUUAGGCAUGGUGGCACCAGGUAAAAUGUGGAAUGAACCUCUUUUAUAUUCUUUGGGCAUGUCUACACCAGCCCUAUAUCCGGGAUCGUUCCUGUGCAUCCAAAUGCCACACGGGAUCCCGGGAGCAGGCAGGGACCAUUCUUCCUUUUUCCUGGGAUAACCCUUACAUGUAGAAAGGGUCUUUGUAGCCACUUCUGAUCAGUAGAUUUCUCAUGUUCCUGGUUCUUUUAAAGACCAUUAGUUUCACCUGACACCCAGAGAUGUGUUGGACUAUGUGUGUGACACUGUCUCCUUUUGCUUCCUUGCAAAUGGUUUGUUAUAUAGACAUGUUAAACUGCAGUUGAUUCAGUCUGAAUGCGUUGUGUUCUUUUUUGUUAAAAGUUUUGCCUGUGCCUCCCUCUGCCUUUUUGAAGCCUUGUGUGAUGGCUGCAUCUGGAGACCCUCUUUCUCUUAGUUGCACAGACAGUGCCUGAGAUUCUUGUCUGAAAUCUGAUGCCUUGGAGCAGUUGCAUUUAAGGACUCAUCUACACCAAGCAGUAUAUCCCACUAUGAAAGCAGUAUAUAAAAGGCAGGAGCCACGCUACUGUUUUACAGUGGUAUUGAAGUGCACUGCAGGAUCUACACUACUGCUUUAUAGUGGUACCGAAGUGCACUGGGGACCCAGGACACAUCUACACCAAGCGGGAUAUAGCAUUAUGUAAGCGGCAUAUGGCAUGUGUCAAUGGGCCCCAACAGUUAUCAGUGCAUUUAAAUACUGCUGUAAGUAGUGUGGCUCCUGCUUUUUAUAUACUACUUUCAUAGUGGAAUAUCCUGUGUGGUGUCCAUCUGGGAGGUUAUUUCUUAGAGAGCAGGGGUGGGAGCAAUCAUAGCUGACAAAUCUGGGAACAUCAGUGGGUUUUCUAUAAAUGGUGGUAAUAAGAUGUCCUCCCUCCUUCUUAACUUUUUAGGCUUUGUUUCCAGACCCCUGAUCAUCAUUUUAAAACUGGAGGUCAAAUAUAUAUAUAUAGGAAAUAUAUAUAAGGAAGGAGAGAGAGGAAGACUGUGAGUGUAACGGGGAAGAAAUAAGAUCAAGACAGAAAGAUGCUUGGAAAAACUUAGAACUCUGAAAGUAAGAUAUUGCUGGGGAAAACUUGGGAUAAAAUAGGGACAGUCUAGUUAGGUUCAGAUAGAUGCAUUUUCUUACCCUUUUGCUCGUGUGUGUGUGUGUGUGUGUGUGUGUGUGUGUGUGUGUGUGAGAGAGAACUAUUGAGAUGCUAAAGUCUUUUUCCUGCUAACAUUUUUUUCAGUAAAAUAAAAAAUUGUUUAAACCUCGUGGUUUCUUUGCUUGUUUGGUUAUCCAUCGCAUAUCCCAGCUUCGAUCAGGAGGGAGAGGCAGAAAUGUGAAUGAGUAGUUCUCAUGAUGGCAGGUGUAAAUACCCUACAGUGCAAUCAUAUACAUGUUUACUCAGAAGUAAAUUCCAUUGAGUUUAAUGGCACUUAAUCCCAGUUGCAAACAGGAAAACAGUGUCAGAGAGUGAUUCAGGGACACACUAUCAGCUUUUCAAAUUGGGCUGGAUCCAGAUUUAAGCUUGAUCAACUGUGCUGCCCAAAGUGGACUUUGCACCCGUGCUUCCUACAACAGUCCCUGCAGCUCCCUGAAAAUGCUACACAGAUAGUCAGGAGACCCUACUGAAUUGGGGGCAAUCCAGGGCCAGCGAGAACCCUGGGAGUUAUCUAUGGAGAUGAAUAGACAAUUCAUAGCACAGUCCUAGAGAGAACUACUGAGACGUUCCUGAUUGCAUAGAGGACUCCAAGUGCAUUCAGGAGAACAUGUGAAGAAGUCCCCUUCAGACAUUCAGCUCUACAUGCAGCAGGUCUGCGUCAGUGUACACGGUGGCAUUGC